GCGGGGGGCGCCGGGAAGGCGGCGGCGCGCGGCGUCUCGGGAGCGCGGCGGGCGCGCGGCCGCGUGGGGCGGGGGGGGGGCUCGUCACGACACGUGGUCGGUGUCGGCGACAGCAGCGACAGCCGCGGCGAUGGCACAGCUCACGGCGCGGUUCCGCACCGAGAACAGCAGGUUCGCCGUGGAGGAUGUGCCCUUCUCGGUGCCCGCGGCCUCCGAGACCACCGACCUCAGCCAGCUCAUCAACAAGCUGCUGGCGGCAGCGCACGAGGAUCACAAAUAUGUGGAAUUUGAUUUCCUUAUCAAUGGCCAGUUCUUGCGAGUGCCACUGGUCACACACAUGGAAAUGGAAAAUAUCUCCACGGAAGAAGUGGUGGAAAUAGAGUAUGUGGAGAAAUAUAUGGCCCCUCAGCCAGAAGAAUGCAUCUUCCAUGAUGACUGGAUCAGUUCUGUACAAGGCACUGAAGAAUGGAUAUUAACUGGCUGCUACGAUCAGACUGCUCGAGUCUGGUCUUUGGAAGGAAAAUCCAUCAUGACAAUAGCUGGGCACACAGAAGUAGUGAAGGAUGUGGCAUGGGUGAAACAAGACAGUUUAUCGUGCCUGUUACUCAGCGCUUCUAUGGACCAAACUGUCCUGCUGUGGGAGUGGAACGUGGAGAAAAACAAAGUGAAAGCCCUUCACUGCUGCAGGGGACAUGCUGGGAGCGUAGACUCCAUAGCUGUGGAUUGCACGAAAACCAAAUUCUGCAGUGGAUCCUGGGAUAAGAUGUUAAAGAUCUGGUCUGCAGUACCUACAGAUGAAGAGGAUGAAAUGGAAGAAGCAGCAAACAGACCACGGAAGAAGCAGAAAACUGAACAGCUGGGACUAACGAGGACUCCCCUGGCAACCCUCUCUGGCCACACAGAAGCUGUCUCCUCUGUGCUGUGGUCAGAUGCUGAAGAAAUUUGCAGUGCAUCAUGGGACCACACCAUUAAAAUCUGGGAUGCUGAGACUGGAGAUCUCAAAUCUACUUUGACAGGAAACAAAGUGUUCAAUUCUCUCUCCUUCUCACCACUGUGUCGACGUCUGGCAUCAGGGAGCACUGACAGACAUAUUAGGCUAUGGGAUCCUCGCAGCAAAGAUGGCUCCUUGGUUCUGCUGUCUCUGACUUCUCACACAGGCUGGGUGACAUGUGUGAAGUGGUCACCUACCCAUGAGCAUCAGCUGAUCUCUGGUUCUCUGGACAACAUUGUGAAGCUUUGGGACACGAGGAGUUGCAAAGCUCCUCUCUAUGACUUGGCUGCUCAUGAAGACAAGGUUUUCUGUGUGGACUGGACAGAAGCAGGGUUGUUACUGAGUGGAGGUGCAGACAACAAACUGUAUUGCUACAGAUACCCAGCUACAGCCACUGAUGUCGGGGCAUGAAGGUCAACAGACAGAAGACUUUUUCUUAAAAAAAAAAAAAAAAAAAAAAAGGAUUGUUGCAGCAUUUGCUCUCUAUUAACAUCCCUACACAAUCAACAUCUGAAGAAAUGAUGAGUUUGCUCAGAGAGCUGUUCCUGCUUUUGUAUUGGUAACCUAUAUCCAUAUUUGUCACAUAAAAAGAGCAAAACCAAGUAGGAUUCAUGUGAAGCAAAGCAAAGGGAAUUUCCUCCCUUUUUGAUGGCUUUGAAUUACCAUCUUUUAAAUAACUAUUUGUAUAGCCCUUUUAAUAAGAAGUAAACUCUUGCUGAUACUUACAGAAAAACUACUCACUGACUAAAUUAUUUUUGAGUUAACCUGUUUUCCCCUGAGAAAAAAAAUAAAGAUCUUAUCAACA